AUGGUUACUGCAGUCGAGCUUUUACAUGUAACUCAACCCAAACAACUAGAAGUAGAACAACAAACCAAAGACCAAGUUGAAUUAGAAGAAGAAGACGAUGAUGAUAUCUCGUAUUCUUCUGAUUCGGAAAUCGAUGAUGCUUUGGAUUGGUUGGAUUCAAAAGAAGAUGAAUAUGAAUCAAUUGACGGCUCUUCCCUUAGUUCAUGGCGCCCUAAUGCUCAUGGCGGCCACCAUUCUCAUUCUUCCACUCUCCAACCUCUCUCUAAUCGUAACCAGAGAUUCUCUCAUCAUAUCCGUGCUUCCCCUUUAGAGGAAUGGGAAGGAAGAAUGAAUAUUGGCAUGUCUAACACUGUUACGACAGCGAUUCGUGCAAGUGUGAGGGAUAUGGCCAUUGGUAAAACCAGAACUACCGAGAAAGCAGACCGAGCCACAGUUGAGCAGGCAAUUGAUCCUAGAACGCGCAUGGUUUUAUUUAAGAUGAUGAACAGAGGCGUGUUUCAAGAUAUGAAUGGAUGCAUUUCAACUGGAAAAGAAGCAAAUGUUUAUCAUGCCACCAAAUCCAAUGGUGAUGAACUUGCAAUUAAAAUAUACAAAACAUCUAUUCUGGCUUUUAAGGAUAGAGACAGAUAUGUGAAAGGAGAUCGCCGGUUUAUAAAAGGGUACUGUAGGAGUAAUCCCAGAAAAAUGGUACAGACAUGGGCAGAAAAGGAAAUGAGGAAUCUUUUUAGGCUAAAGGCAGAAGGAAUUAGGUGCCCUACUCCACAUCUUCUGAGGCUACAUAUCCUGAUUAUGGAAUUUAUUGGAAAGGAUGGUUGGGCCGCUCCACGUCUCAAAGAUGCAGAUCUAUCUUUAGACAAGUUACGGGAAGGCUAUGUUGAGAUGAUUGUUGCAAUGCGGACAUUAUAUCAGAAGUGCAAAUUGGUGCAUGGCGACCUCAGUGAAUAUAAUAUACUUUAUUAUGAGGGUCAUUUGUAUAUUAUUGACGUUUCUCAAUCAGUUGACCUUGAUCAUCCUCUUGCUAAUGAUUUUCUGCGUGAAGACUGUACUCACGUAUCUGAUUUCUUUAAGAAACAUGGUGUAGGUGUCAUGACAGUAGAAGAGCUGUUAAAUUUUAUUAAAGAUGCAUCCAUUGCUGAUGAUGCUGUGGAUAGUUAUUUGGAAGAGCUGCAACAAAAAAUUUUGGCCAGAGAUGUAUCUAUAGAGGAUGAGACUGCAGACCUUGUGCUUGCUAAGUCCGACAUUCUAAAGAAACUAGAUGAUGUUAAGAUUGCCGAGGAGGAUGUACGACAUAUGACAGAACCUUCCCUGCAAAAUGACCAGCAAAAUCAGAAAUCAAAUACUAUAGAAGACUUGCAUGUCAUCUCUGACGUUAAAUCUAACCUCUUAGUAGGUGAUGCCGAGUCUCAAUCCGGGGAGGAGGAAGAUAACAUAAGCAAUUCUGAAGAGAUCUCAUCUUCUGAAAGUGAUUCAGAUACUCCUUUGGAGAAGAAAGCAGCUAGAAAAGAAGCUAGGAAAGAGAAUAAAAAGAAGGUGAAAGAGGAGAAAAGAGAAGCAAGGAAAACUAAAGUCCCCAAGGCUGUGAAGAAAAGAAAGAAAAAACUGUCUAAAGCCCCCAAGACCAGAUAG